GGUCAGGUGUGUGGGGCGGCGUCCGCGUUUGCCGGGGUCCCGCUGCGGGCCCGCAGCACAGCCGUGCGGCCGAGUGAGGCGGCCAGUGAGGGUCGGAACCGGGGGUUCUUGGGGGGUCAUUGUCAUUUGAGGAUGUGGCUGUGGACUUCACAUGGGAGGAGUGGCAGCUCUGGAUUCUGCUCGAAAGAAUUUGUACAGAAAUGUGAUGUUGGAGAACUUGAGCAGCCUUGAGUCGCUAGGGUUUCAGGUUAUCAAACCAGAUGUGAUCAUCAGAUUGGAGCAAGACCAGCCACGGGCAAUAGAUGAGGAUACCCCAAGUCAGAGCUUUUCAGAGUUCUGGAAAGUUGAUCGUUACAAAGCUUGGCACCAAGAAACCCAAGACAGGCUUAAAAGAUUGGAACAAGCCUGUGAAAGUAAUGCGAGUGGAAAAACAGUUCAAUCAGGCAUGUACCUUGAACCUUUAAAGCAAAACCUAAUAAGUAUGUUUCAAAUGGAAAACAUUUGCAAUAUUCAUUAGAUUUGCUUACUCAGAGUGGAAAUUAUGGAAGGAAGAAACCUGGUAAGUUUAAUGGGUAUGAAAAAUCAUUCCUCUGUACCAAACAUGAAAAAAUUUGUUUUUGAUUAAAAUACUAUGAAUGUAAUGAAUGUGGAAAAGUCAACAGCAAGAAGUCACGGCUCAUCAUCCAUUGGAGAACACACACAGGGGAGAAACCCUUUAAGUGCAGUGAGUGUGGCGAAGCCUUUUCACAGAAGUCACACCUUGCUACGCACCAGACCAUUCACAUGGGAGAACAACUUUAUGGAUGUGAGUGUGGGAAGGCCUUCUCUCAGAAGUCGCACCUCAUUACACAUCGGAGGGCUCACACUGGAGAGAAGCCCUAUGGAUGUGGUGAAUGCGGGAAAGCCUUCUCCCAGAAGUCACACCUCGUGAUCCAUCAGUGAGCUCACAUAGAACAGAAACCGUAGAAGUAUAGCAAAUGUGAGAGACUUUUACGAAAAGUUCAAUAAUCAUGACAGCAGAGGAAGAAGCAUAUUGCUUCAGACGUAUAUUUAUAGGACUUGUAUUCCCAAGUAUGGCUAAAUAAUAUGAUUUUAUAUUUUUUCAUAGCAUAUAUGAAAUUAAUAUAACUGUAAACAUGAUAUAUGUUCUGUUCAUAGCAUGGCGUCUGUCAAGAGUUCUGCAUAGAUUAUCACUUACCUUGCACUACAACAAUAGAAUAUAAACUGGAUCAAAUGAUUGACUUACUAUUUAACAAAGAGGUUAAAUGACCAAGUACUUUCUGGUACAUGUAACUGAGUCUGAGAACUCUCACCAUGCUGUGUCUUCAGUCAUCGAAGCUGGGAUUUUUAAAUAAAGUCUCCUGCUUCCUCUGA